UAGAAAUCAUAAGAAUACCACAGAAACUGGAAGACAUUAUACACCUUACAAUACAUGAAAUAUAUCUGGUUUUCUAAGGAAAUGUGAUAUUGCAUCUUAUAAAUAUUUCAAGGAAAUGGAUAUUCAUAUUAUUGGAAAAAUUUGAAACGGUGUUCAAAACAUUAAGAUGAAACUUGUGUAAUGUCAAGGAAAGAGUGAACACAUAUAGCCAGAAGAUUGACUGUCAUAAAUAGAAUCUAAACUUUGGAAAAUUAUUAAAUUAUAAAAUUCAAUUAUGAGAACUGAUUUGAUUAUCCGCAAAACUAUUACAAAAAUGAUGUGCUAGUUUGAUUCUAGAAAAGACUAAUUCAUUUCAAUUUAACUAACUGGCAAAAAUAUAGCAAUGGGUGUAAAAGGGAUUCAUGAAAGAAGUGGUUCUACAGAAAUAUGGUGUAUUUUCAGAGCUCCAGAUGUAAAGAGAACUUGUAAAUGUCAGACUGGGCCAAACAGCGACCCUGACACAGAAGACUUUGGUUGUCAGGUAGAGUUUGAAGAUAUGGAUGAAAGUUUCCAAUUGGCAGAUACUAGUUUUUGUUCCAUGAAAAGUACAGCCAAUAUGGACCAGGGAGAACUUGCCGAACAGCUGGCUUUGGUCCAAGAAAUGGUACAAGAAAUGAAGCAUGGGUUCUCCAGUGCCAUGGAGGAGCUCGCUAAGAUACAGUUUGGGGAUCAAAAGCUACAACAACAAAUGACCAGUGAACGAGACCAACAUGAACUGGAAGUCAAAGAUUUAACUGGUGCUGUCAAUCUGUUAAGAGAAGACAUCAAAUCUUUUUCAUCUCAGUUGAAUGAAGUGAGUGACACCCAGAAGAAUUUAGAAGAAAAAGUAAACAGUAUGGAGUGGAAUAGUAAAAACUUUAUUAAGGAAGAACUUGAAAGACGUGGAAUUUCUGAUAAAAACAGGUCAUCCCCAGCACCAGGUCGUAGUAAGCGGUCUCCUAGUCCAACAAAAGAUGUAUCCCCAAUGGUUCAUCCAUACCUAGCAAGCUUACAGCAACAGCAACAGAAAAAUAUUGAAGAAGAUAACCAAUCCAUAACAGCAUUAGCUUGUAAGAGUUUGAAUUUGUCUCAGGCUCUACAUGAGAAGUGUUUACAUCUAGACAUGUCAGUAUCUACCAGUGAUGAGGAGGAAGCUGUCAGAAUGUCCAAGAUGCCUCCAUUUCCUGUAGCAGUGAAAGAAUCAAGCUAUUAUCAGGAGACACGCCCAUUUGCACAACAGAAAAUCCCACCACACGAACAGCUUAUGGAAGAAGUACAAAGGGAGAAGAUAGCACAAGAAAUGGUGGAUGCUGAAAAAAGUUACUGUUCACACUUAUGGACAAUUAUAGAUGGCUACAUGAACACUUUACGACAAGAAGAAUUAAUGAGUUCUAGAGAACUAUCUGAAAUGUUUCCUCCAGUCAUUCCACAUAUUUAUGAACAACAUUGUAUAAUGCUCAGGAAAAUGGAAGAACGUUUGUUAAAAUGGAAAUACAGUGGGAUUAUGGGAGAUUUGUAUGUUAGAUUAACCGAUCCACAAAAUAUAGAUGGUUUAGCUUUGUAUAAAGAUUAUAUCACAGAAUUCCCAUCAGUUAUCAACAGUAUGAACCUAUGGUUUGCUCAGUCAGCAAGAUUCAGGGAUAUUAUGAGGAGUUCAUGUUUAGCCUCAUCCAGUAUAGUACCAUUGUUAUUAGCUCCAUUGCAACAGAUACCUAAAUACUCACUGCUUAUAAAGAAUAUGUUAAAGUUCACCAGUUCAGACCACCCAGACAGAUAUUAUUUAGAAUCAUCAUUAUCAAGGUUAAAGAACUUCCUUAAUACAAUGAAUGAUGACCUUGAAGGUGCCAUGCAGUUUCUUAACAUCGGUAAACCCCCAAUAUCUCGGUCUAGAGAUAGUGGGAACUCUGUGAGAUCACAGUCUAGUGGUAGUAGUUGUGAAGCUAAUCGAGUGUCUAGUGCCAGAGAUAGUGGGAUCCAUUCUAAUGGUGAAGAUAUGGGAAGACAUGCAGCAUCUCCUGCUACUACUAGGAGGUAUGUCCUACAGGUGCUAAGAGACCGAAGGGAAAGAGAACAGACCGGUGAACAUUUUCAUAAUGGACCUGCAGUGAAUCCAAUGAGGCCUAAUGUUCAUGCAUUUGGAAGUCAUCCUGAUCUAAGUGUACCAGAGUACCAUGAUUACUUUGGUAACGUUCGUCAUGUACCUGCAUACAUGCCAUAUCAAAAUGGACAGAAAAUGUACUCAAGUUUAACAAAAAUUCCAACAAAAAGUCCUGAAAGGAGUCAAGAUAAGCCAGCACGUAAGAUUAAGAUACGUAAGAGACCAGAUAGUCAGAAAAGUCUACCACUGCCAAAUUCAAACUAUCUUAGACCUCUUACCCCUCAUUUACCUAUUGGUGGUUUAUCAAGUCAUGAUAGUUUUGAUGAUCAAGCUGUUCCUAGAAAGAAACAACCUAGCAGACGACAGAUGCGACCAGCAUCCUCCAUUGAUUUCUCACAUGCAGAUAUUGAAAGACGUGAAAUGUUUGCAAAAAGUUUCACAAAUUCUGGAAAUUUUAAUCAGGAAGACUCUUAUCAGAGAGGGCGUAAUGAAUUUUCUCCAGAUAUUUAUGAAAGAAAGGAAAGCCACCAAGAAAGACUUUAUCGUCAGAGUCAACUGAAUUCACCACGAGGGCAGCCUGGAGAAGGUAGAGCAAGGAAUGAUUUACACAUGUCUCUUCAGAAACUGUUAGCUGAACGACAAAAAGCAGAUUUAGAUAAACAGAGACAAGAUAAUUAUGAGGAAAACCAUCCAUAUGCAAACGAUCCUCCAUUCAGGCCUCUGGCAUCAAGUUCUGUAGAGGAAAACAUAGACAUUAAAAAUGAACCACCAAAACUUCCUCCAAAAAAUACAGAUCAAGUAGAAGAUUAUGGAAUAUUUGGAGAUGAUGAUGAGGAGGAGGAGGAUGAAGAUGAUUAUGAAUAUGAUGAUGAUUAUCGUGACAGGAAACCAGUAUCAGAAAACCAAAAUGUAUCAAGAAUGCAAGAAGUAUUAGAAAAUUCAGAUACAUCGUCACCAGAGCCAGUGACAAUUGAAAGUGAAGCAAGUGUUUCUCAAUCACGAUCAAAAGUUUAUCAAAUGGAUUCUGAUCAUGAAGAACAGUCACUAACAGAGUCUUUGUCUCUUGAUCAUACCAUUAGUGGUAGUUCAACACAUGAUCAGAAUCUUAGUGCAAAAGGUGAAGAAAGUGAAAAAUUGUCAAGUGAAGAAAAAAGUACAAAAAGAGACAGAAAAAUGAGACCUGAAAAUUUAGUCCCUAUGAAACCUGAAAGGAGAAAAACUGUGGCUAGCACUAAUCCUACUGAGGUAAAAAGUGAAGAGAUUGACAGUGGAAGUGAAAGAAGGCAUUCUUUUGUUCAAGGUCAAAAGCCUCCAGAAGAAUUUAGAAAACCAGAAACAAUUAAUUCUGAAUCUGAUAAAAAUCAGUUAAGUAUUUUUACAGGAGAAUCAGACAAGAGAAUGACUAAACCAUUGUCACUUAAAGCAAGACAAAUGGAUGCAUUUAACAUUGCACCUCCAAAGGAGGCAACUUUUUCUGCUUCUCAAUUGAGGAGUCGUGAAGGAACAGCUAGAAAAUUGCCACAAGUCAAUGGACGAUUUAGUGUUCCAGUGUUUGAUUCGUCAUAUAAAUCCAAAAUUCCUACACCUCCACAGAGUCCUACAGACAGUAAAUCUUCAAAAACAGGAAGUGUUAAAGAAACAAAAAUCCCCGUUUACUCUCCAUUAAAAAAGAAAGGAGAAAAAUCUUCAAUUGAAAAUAUAUCCCGGUCAACAGAAGAUGUGUCCAAGUUAAAAAAGAAAAGUCACUUCAAGGAUUCAAUCAAAAGCUUUUUUGGGAGGAAAAGGAAGACAGGCAAAUACAAGUUUAAAGAUCUUUCGGCAUCAACAAAUGACUUGUGGAUGGGAGGAUUUGAUAAUGUGAUAGAUAUUGAUAUUUCAGAUGAUACUAACUCUAUAUACCAUGAAGAAUUUCUAUCCACCUUUCCACGUACAGCAUCAGCAAACAGAAAUCCACCUCCUUACAAUUAUUUCGUUGAAGAACCUUGUAGUGCUGUCUGAAUCUUGUACUAAUAGAUUUACAUCUUGCAUGAUAGGGUAUCCAUGUGUUUGGGAAGAACAAGACUAUUCAUAAUUAUAUAAUUUUGAUCCACCCAUAGAAUACAAAAUUCAAUUUUUUUAUGCCCUUGCUGUAGCAGAGGGGUAUUAAGUUUUACCCUUGUCCGUCCGUCCGUACAUCCCAAAGUUGGUUUCCGUUCUCUAACUUAAGUUUGCCUCCUCCAAAUUUUAUGAAACUUAUACACAAUGCUCAUUACCACAAAACACAGAUCAAGUUUGAAUUUUGGUGGUGUCACUUUAACCGUUCUAGAGUUAUGCCCCUUUACAAAUGGAAAAAUUACUGAAUUUUUCGUUUCUGUUCUCUAACUUAAGUUAGCCUCAACCAAAUGUUAUGAACUUACACACAACGCUUAUUACCACAAAAUACAGAUCAAGUUUGAAUUUUGGUGGUGUCACUUUUACUGUUCUAGGGUUGUGCCCCUUUACAAAUGGAAAAUUUGCUGAAUUUAUCGUUUCUGUUCUCUAACUUAAGUUUGCCUCAACCAAAUUUUAUGAAACUUAUACACAAUACUUAUUACCACAAAACUCAGAUCAAGUACAAAUUUGGGUAGCGUCACUUUUACCGUUCUUCAGUUAUGUCCCUUUAUAACUUUAUAUGAUAUGCAAGCGGGGGCAUCAUCUGUGUCCCAUGGACACAUUCCCCAUUUUUUUUACUUAAACUGUUUAUGAUGAAAAAUACAAACAAAGUUUUACAUUCUUAAUGAGUCUAAACAUUUUGAAAUUAAAUUAAUUCUUUACUUUUUUUCUUGUUAUAAUACAUAGUUUUGGCCUUCCUAAACACAAUACAUAAUCGUCAUUUAUAAACAUUUGUUUGCAUGGGUCAACUGCAUUCAUCUCUCAUGAGGUCACAAUGAUUAUAAUAAACUUCCAGGGGGGCAUCUUGUUAUUAUUAAUCGGUUGUUAUACAACCAUUUCAGCUGACAUAAUUUACAUUCUUUUGAAGUUGAAAGACUUAUCAAAAGUACAGUAAAGUAAACAAUUUAUGUCACCUGUAUGGAUAACACAGAUUCGUGAUAUUAACCAGUAACAUAUUAAGAAUUUUGUUAGAAUUGAAGUAGAAGACUUUAUUCCUUUAAAAAAAUCUUAAAAAUAUUUUAUUUGGUUAUGAAAACAAAAUCAGUGACCUCUUAGCUAGGGUUGAUUUGCAUAGGUUUCAAAAAUAAACCUAAGGAGAGGAAAUGGUUUCUAUAAAGAUGUAAACAAACUGCUUGUUCUUUCGAAAUCUUAUGCAACAUAGUCUUCAAAUGCUCAGUGUAUUGAUGCAGAUCUUUGGGGUGAUGAUAUGCUGUCUUGUAUCUAUUUUUGCUGAAACAAGCCCUGUGUAUGUUUGCCAUUAUUAAAGUUUGUAAAGUUAUGUCAGAACCUUUCCUCUCCUUGCACAUUUUACCUUUCGUUAUUUCAUUAUUUUGCAUUAAAAAAGCAUAAUAAGCCUCUUGCAUGUAUUUCCAAUUUCACAUGCUGUUAAGGAAAUCACAAUUGUUCCAUUAAUGUGCUACAUAAGAGAGAAAAACUCACAUUAUAAACUGAAAUGUUUAUCUGAACAAAUCUUUGCAAAGUAUAAGAUUCUUGGAACAAAUGAACUAUAGCUAAUUUUGUGAAUUUUUUUCACAUAUAUAUACAUAUUGUUAUGUAUUUUUUGGAUAAGGAGAGAUAAGCACCUGAAGCAAAUUGAAUCAUGUACAAUUUAUGCUAUAUACAUUUAAUCAACAAUUUUAUUUUUUCUGUAAAAAUAAAGCAUUUGUAAUAACUAUGCAUUUAGAACAGACUUAAAUCAUCAACCCUGUUAGUAAAAGACACCAAAUUGUAUACAUGUUUAUAGUGCAAUAUUUAUCAUUGUUUACCAGUAUUUGUUUAUCAUCAUCCGUCCACAUUGGAAUCUUGUUUUAAUAUUAAUUUGAUUGCAAAAUCAUACAUUUAUUCAUGUAAAUUCUUUUAUUCAUUAUAAGAUUUAUUGAAAUUCCUUGAGAAUGAAUAGUAAUUUAUGGAACAAUUUCUUCAUAGAGGAAACAAGAUUUAUGUAUACUUGAUAUACAUCUAUUUUUAUAGUAAAGAUAUUAUUGUUUGCUAUAUUUGAUAUUGUACUUUAGUCUAUUCUGAGAUAGUGGAUUCUUUUUUAAAUUCAAGGUUGAAACUAUAAAUAAAAUAAAAUCAGGUAUUGAACAACAUUUACAUAGUUCAAUUUAAAACAAUUAGAAUGCAAAAUAACUACUUCUUGCCUAAAUCUUAAGUGCCAAAUCUAAAAAUAUGUGUAUAGGUUUUUGUUAUGAUGUGUGUACUGUAGUUUGUUUCUUAUUUGUAGGGGUCAGGGUCUUUGAAAGCUUUCAGAAGAAUUAUUUCAGUCAUUGCACACUAUAAAAGCCAUUCUAGUUACUGUAUGGCCUUUUUGUUAAUCUCUCCAUUUUAAAGGGUUCCAACUUGUUACACAGUUUAUACAAUUUGUAAUUUAACAUGUGUAAUAUAAAAAUAAGAAGAUGUGGUGUGAUUGCUAAUGAGAUAACUCUCCAGCAGAGACCAAAUGACAUAGAACUUAACAACUAUAGGUCACCGUACGGCCUUCAACAAUAAGCAAAACCCAUACCACAUAGUAAGCUAUAAACGGCCCCGAAAUGAAGAAUAUAUAACAAUUCAGACAAGAAAAUGAAUGACGUGAUUUAUGUACAAAAAAAUUACUAUGAUAUACAGCAAAAAACGACAACCACUGACUAACAUAAGUUUAGUUGCGAUGCACUAUUACAUUUCAGUCAUUUAUGAAUUUUAAAUUAGUUAAAAUUUCACCACAAUGUUAAAAGAAACAAAUGCAAAAGACAAUUUUGACAAAAGAAAAAACCGAAAGGGCCAUAUAAAUCAUUAGUCUAUGGACAAAUGAAUUCAUGGCCAAAAUAAUUAAGACGAAAACAGCAGUCAAAUACACGAAAUAGAAAACUAGAGAUUGUGGAACACAAAGACUACCACUGACUUGGGGGUUAAAAUACAAUUAUUAUAUAUAAAGAAAUAUUUUGUUUGCAAUGCAGCAGAAUGUCUUGUCAUCUGUUAUAUGCAAGCGGGGGCAUCAACCUCCAUUUAUUUAAUAAAAAUGAUACCAGCAAUUGUAACGGUAGCACUUAAAUAGGUCUUGCCUAUUUGGCAACUCUUUAUUGUCUCAAUACUCUUCUUGUCCAGUUUACCUAAAAUUUAAUACUAGUGUAUUGGGUUCUGUUUUUGUGUAUGUAUUGGUGGGGGGGGGGGGGGGAAUUCAUUUGCAUACUAUUAAAGCUACUGUCUUUUGGUGUGCAUAAAAUGCAUUCAUGAAUAUUACACACACCUAUUUUGGCCUUUGAAACUUGAGAAAAAAUUACUUCUUUUGCAUAACACUCAGGGACUUUCUUGAAAAUCCCAACUUGAAACUCAAUAAUAUGUCCAUCGAAAAGUGAUUUUACACAAAUAUUAAGAAUUGUUAGGUAUAAUAAAUUUUAAGAUUAAAACUAAAGAUAGAUCUGUUAUCAAGAUUCUCAAAACUUAUUACUGAACAUGAAUUAUUUUCCUCAGUAAAUAUGUUGUUUAAAAAUCUUUCAUUAAGAAUAUACAUGGCACUGAUUCACAUUUAUGCAUUUAUACAUUUUCUAACUGAAUUAUCAUUGUGAAGUAUAUAUGUACAUAUAUCAUUGGACCAGGUCAUUAAAAUUUUUAAGCAAAUAAAGUCACAUGUAGGAAGAAAUAACUGAUCUUUUCUACAUACAGUGCGGUAUUGAUAUUUUUAUAUUUAUACAUUCUUGUCUUCCAUAUUUAUUUUUAGAAUGCUAUGUCAUCAAAUUUUUAACAUCGAAUUAUAAAUUAGAUUUGUAUUUAUAUUUUACAAAAUAUACAAAUUAUGUAUAAAAAUAAUGUCAUUAUUUCAAUAUAUAUGUAAACCAAUGAAUUGAUAAAAAGACUGAAAUGAU